AUGGCCACGCUCCUCAUUUGGGCGCUUCUCCUUCUGGCGAAGCACCAGGAAUGGCAGGACAAGGCCCGGGAAGAAGUGAUCCGCGUCUGCGCAAAAACCGGGCUUCCGGCUGCGGAAAAUCUGAACGAGCUCAAGAUUACUGUACUCUCCUGUUGUGAAACAGUGACGAGGAAAACCUGUAAAGAUGUGCAGCUAGGGGGCCUUCAAUUUCCAGCAGAAACACACCUCUACUUGGCCUUCAGUGCUGUGCAUCACGACCCCGAGAUGUGGGGCGAAGACACGGAUGAGUUCAACCCGACGCGAUUCACAAGGCCCCGAAAGCACCUGGCCUCAUUCCUCUCGUUCGGCCUCAGCCCCAAAAUCUGCGCGGGCCAAAACUUGGCCAUGGUCGAGGCCAAGGUUGUUCUGGCCAUGUUGGUCAGGCGAUUUGCUUUCGAGGUGUCGCCUUCCUACGUUCAUGCUCCGACGCUUCUUGUGACCAUGCAGCCUCAGUAUGGAGCGCCGCUUAUAUUCAGGAGGACUCAUUUGAUUCUGGUUCAUUUGUCUUCCUUUUGUUUGUGGACUUCUGUUCGUAACAUGGUCGCAUAG